AUGGGCCGCGGCGCAUCGGGACAGGGCAAUGCCAGCGGGCCCUCGUCCAAGCCCGGCUCCGUCCGCCUGCCGCCGCCCAACCUCAUCCUGCCGUCAUUCGAAGACACCUUCUCGCGCCCGCCACGCAGCCAUGCUCCGCUGCCGUCCGGUGUGCUAGGCCGCACACUGUCCGUUGUAUCGGCCUGGGCCGGCGGACGCAAAGCGGCGCCCACGAGCACCUCUUCGACGGCCUCACGCAUCCGCAAAAGCUCGAGCAUCAUGGAGUCUGGGCCCGCGGCACUACUGCGCAAGGAAGCUACGGCGAGCGAGAACCGCCUACCGCGUACGUGGAGUGUGAUGGGCAACCGCGAACGCGAGCGCACGCGCGGCUGCAAGGAGGGCGAGCGAGUCGUCGUCAUCGGCGUGCACGGCUGGUUCUCGCAAGGCCCGCUGGCCAAGAUCUUUGGCGAGCCGACCGGCACCUCGAUCAAGCUGGCGAGCAUGAUGGCCGACGCCGUGCGCCGGCAGUACACUGCUGCAGGCCUUGCGCCGCCAGAGGGCGAGCGGCUCACGGUGAUUCCGCUGCAAGGCGACGGCAAGGUCGGCGAUCGGGUCGACAGACUCUACGCCGCACUUCUGGCCAAGCAGGAGUGGGUCGAGGCGGUCAAGCAGGCCGACGUGCUGUUCGUCGCGGCGCACUCGCAGGGCUGCGUUGUGGCCACACAUCUGCUGGCACGCCUCAUCGAGCAAGACGCUCUGCUGGCGCCGCGAGCGCGCAUUGCCCUGCUCGCCGUCGCGGGCAUCCACCACGGACCGUUCGGCUCGCUGCGCAGCGGCAUCAGUCACUAUUACCUCAACGCGUUCGAGUCGCCGGCCGCCAGCCAGCUGUUCGAGUUUUCGUCCAGCACGAGCGCCUGCUCGCAGCAGUACGCCGCCGCCCAGCGCAUCGUCCUCGCCGCUGGCGUCAAGGUCGUGUACGUCGCGUCCGUCGACGACCAGGUGGUGCCGCUGUACAGCGCCCUCAAUGCGUCGACCUCGCACCCGUCCAUCCUCCGUGCGCUCUACGUCGACUCACAGGCAUUCCCGCGCGUCGACUUCCUCACGAACCUGCUUGCCUUCUGCGUGGCGGUGCGCAACGCUGGGCUGCCCGACCACGGCCUGCUCUCGCUGCUCUCCGCCUCCGUCGCCGGCUCGCUGUACGCGGGCGAGGGCCACUCGAAGUGCUACGAGGAGCCGGCCACGUACGACCUAGUCUGUCGGUACGCCUACGAAGCUACCAGUCCGCUUCGCGAGCCCACGACGCGCGCCGACGAGGCGGGGCCGCCCAAGGGCGUCUUCGAGAGCUUCGAGGCGCAGCAGCGCUGGAACCCCUACUCGCUGCCGUGGGCGCUGCGCGGCAUCCUUGAGGACGCCGCCGUGCGCGACCUCUACCACCGCGACAUUGCCAAGCUGCUGCGCGACUACAGCGCCUGGGCACCCAGCACAAAGACGCUCAAGGACGUGCAGUGGCGCCUCGAGCCGAUGCGCAGCAUUCCCGUGCCGCCAGAAGAGGAGGAGCCAGAGGCGCCCGCGCCGCGCUCCUCCGCGUCGUCCGUGUCAAAGCUAUAG